AUGGAAGAGUCUACCAGCCCCAAUGGAAGAGUAUACCCCAAAUGGAAGAGUCUACCAGCCCCAAUGGAAGAGUCUGCCCGCCCCAAUGGAAGAGUCUACCCGCCCCAAUGGAAGAGUCUACCAGCCCCAAUGGAAGAGUAUACCCCAAAUGGAAGAGUCUACCAGCCCCAAUGGAAGAAUCUACCAGCCCCAAUGGAAGAGUCUGCCCACCUCAAUGGAAGAGUCUGCCCCCCAAUGGAAGAGUAUACCCCAAAUGGAAGAGUCUGCCCCACAAUGGAAGAGUCCACCAACCCCAAUGGAAGAGUCUGCCCACCCCAAUGGAAGAGUCUGCCCACCCCAAUGAAAGAGUCUGCUCCCCCAAUAGAAGAGUAUACCCCAAUGGAAGAGUCUGCCCCCCAAUGGAAGAGUCUGCUCCCCCAAUAG